CCUCAACCUUGCUCUUCCGGCGUUUACCUCCACUCCCUUUAUUCAAUCAUCAUCUUGUAUCUUCUACCUCAUUCUGUUUCUGAUCAAAACUAUAGAAUUCUCUCUGAAACUGUACCUCUCACCUUUUCCCUGUUUGUUUCCCACGAAACACGCGUCUUUGUCUCCUCAUUUGGGUUUUAUUUUUUGAUAUUUUCUUCUGAAGAAGUUCUUACUCUUGGGGUCCAAAAGUCUCUCCUAAUCUCAAGUUAUAGGAAAAUGGCACAGUUUCAUAAUGAUGACCUUGAAUACAUGGUCCAUGACUACUCUGACGCCGCUGAUUUUGAAGAUGACCCGUUUGGUGAAGCUAAGCCUCUGGGAAACGACGAUUUUGAGUCUGUUGACUCAGAUUUUGAGGACGAUUUUGAAGUUAGUAAACCACAGACUGAUACUUCAGCUCUUGAAGCAAGAAAUGGAAAAGACAUACAGGGGAUUCCUUGGGAGAGGCUUAAUUUUACCAGAGAUAAGUACCGCGAGACAAGAUUGAAGCAAUACAAGAACUAUGAGAACCUCUCUCGCUCUCAUGAAGAGCUUGAUAAGGAGUGCUUGCAAAUAGAGAAGGGAAGGACCUUGUAUGACUUUCAGUUCAACACAAGGCUUGUCAAAUCUACGAUUGUGCAUUUUCAGGACUGCCGAUUUUCCUCUUAUUUCAGCCUUUUAAAGCAGGUUUGGAGUUAUCUGAGCAGCUGGAACAAUAAGGAUACGAUGUAUAUAUGCUGAGAAAUCUAUUAUCAGCAACCUCAAAGCAUGAUGUGUACCUUAUCCAAAAUUAUUCACUAAUGCACUGGUCAUCACUUCUACGGAGGGGAGAAGAAGUACUUAAUGUGGCCAAACCAAUUGUUCCCAUACUGAGACAACCUGGAUUUUUAUCUUCCACGGUAUCUAGAGUGCAAAUAAGCACGAUGGCAGUUAAAGAAAAUUUGAUAGUAGCUGGUGGCUUUCGGGGGGAGCUUAUUUGUAAGUAUUUAAAUCAACAUGGGGUUGCAAUCUGUGCAAAAAUCACUGCAGAUGAGAAUGCCAUCACUAAUGCGGUGGAUGCAUAUCGUAGUUCCAGUGGCGCAAUGAGGGUUGUGGCUGCAAAUAAUGAUGCUAAAGUUCGGGUUUUUGAUGCUGAGAACUUUUCUUGCAUCAACAAUUUUACCUUUGCUUGGUCUGUAAAUAACACAUCUGCUAGUCCAAAUGGUAAAUUGUUUGCAGUGCUUGGGGACAGUUCAGAGUGCUUGAUUGUUGAUGCUCAAUCUGGGAAAGUAACUGGAAACCUUAAAGGUCAUCUGGACUACUCCUUUGCUUCAGCUUGGCAUCCAGAUGGCCAAAUUUUGGCUACAGGGAAUCAAGACACUACUUGCCGAUUGUGGGACAUAAGGAAUUUAUCCCAUUCCCUGGCUGUAUUGAAGGGAAGGAUGGGAGCAAUCAGAGCUCUGAAGUUCACCUCAGACGGUCGGUUCUUGGCGAUGGCUGAGCCAGCUGACUUUGUUCACAUCAUUGAUACAGAGUCUGGGUACAUGCAGGGUCAAGAAAUUGAUUUGUUUGGGGAAAUUGCUGGAAUAUCAUUUAGCCCGGACACUGAGGCUCUUUUUGUGGGGGUUGCAGAUCGCACUUAUGGUAGCUUGUUAGAGUUCAAUAGAAGACAUUACAACCGAUAUUUGGAGUCUAUCUUCUAAUUGGAUGCAGCCCAAAGUAUUCUGGUAAUCUCUGCAACCAUGUAAUGUUAAUGGUUAUGUAUAGCUAGCGGCAGACAUCUCAGACUCGUACUGCGUGUGUGAAGUUCUUAGUUUCCGGAAGUCGAUCUUUUUGGCUGCUAAGAAGCUACUUACGUGGGGUUUUAAUUUUUUUUCUCUCGUUAGAGGCAGAUCAGGAAGAAAAAAUUUUCUUUGGAAAAAAAUUUGUCAGUGUAACGCUUUUCUGGAUUGCAUCUUAUAUUUGAGCUUUGAGCUAUGGUCAGUUCUUUUGUCAAUCAUAUGAAUAUAUAUAUAUGUUGAGAUAUAUUGGACUUAUGAUCAAACUUUUUUUUGUUAUAAGAGAUUGUAGUUCUAAGGUAAA